GCAUCGAGGGGAAGCGGCAUGCGCCGUCGGUGGGGGGCAUUUGGGAGUGUGCAGUCUGGUGGGAUUACCAUGGCCACUUGUUCGCACCGGAGCCCCAGACUUCGUCGGAAUCUUACCAGGAGCUCGCACAACGUGCACGCCUAACGGACGUCGACGAAAACGGGCGGUGACGCUGUCGAUGGCGGCGGCAGCGGCGGCGAGAGACACAUCAUCCGAACCAUGGGCGUAGCAUGAGCCUUCCUCCAACAUGCCGGCCAUCUGGAGAAGCGUCAUCGUGCUUCUGGUGCUCGUCAUCGCCGUGCUGCAGGUCAUCCACAUCACGCUGCUGUCCCGCCUGGAGGCCCGCAAGAGUCGUGCCGGCGGCAGCGGCGGCGCGUCCGAGUCGCUCGCCCAGAGGGACGCCGACGAAGACCGCAGCCAAAUGCAGGCUGUCAUUCGCCGCAGCUCGGUGCUCGACUCCGGUGGGGAGUUCCACAUCGUCAACUUCCUGGCACGCGCCGACAGCCUGCUCGGGUCCCGGAACCACGUGCGUCCGGAUGCGACGCUGGUGACGCAGACGACGGUGAACCACGUCCACUACCUGGGGCCCCUGAGCGAACGCUGGCGGGGCCCGAUGGCCGUCACCGUGUUUGCCCUGCGCCGGGACCUGCCGCUGGUCGUCGAGGUCCUCGUCCAGAUGAGGCGGUGCAUGCCGGCGCUCAGGUUCAACACGAGUUUCCACCUAGUCUACCCGCUCAACAGCCGGGGCCCUCAACCCCCGGACCAAGAGCCCACGGUGGCCGGCGACCAAGUCCCCAAGGCCGCAGCCGGCCACGUGUUCUCCUCGCCGUCCUGCGACGCGCUGCCAGACCAACUGCGGUCGCUCCGCUUCCCGGAAAACUACGCGUUGGGGGUCUCCUACCCUGUCAACCUACUCCGGAACGUGGCCCGCCGCAACUCGCAGACCGAGUUUGUCCUAGUCCUCGACGUCGACCUGCUGCCCAACGACGGUCUGCACGAGUCCUUCGUGGACUUUGCCCGCGAGAACCGCCUCUUUGUCGAGUCUCACCGCGACGACAAGACGGUGUACGUGGCGCCGGCGUUUGAGGUGCGCGACGGUGUGCCGUCUCCGAGGGACAAGGCGUCUCUGCUGCAGCGCGUCGAGGCCAUGGAUGCACGUCCCUUCUACCUCGAGUUGUGCUGGAAGUGCCAGAAGCACACGGAUUACGAAGCCUGGCAGCGGGAGCCGCCGGGACAGCGGCUCGCCGUGCUCUUCGAAGUGCUCUGGAGGGACCCCUGGGAGCCCUUCUACUUCGGCCGCAACUCGGCGCCGCUCUACGACGAGAGGUUUCGCCAGUACGGCUUCAACCGCAUCAGUCAGGUAAGCCUCGUGUUGCGGGUGUCUCGUGAAUGGACCGCUUUCAGCGUGGAAACUAAUGGUUAG